ACCCGAUCCGUGGACACUCGAUAAAACCUUCCAUAAAACCCGCAGUCGUGACCUCUUAGCAAUCCCAGAAGGUCACAGCCAGAGCUUCAGACUCUCUCUCUUUCUCUCUUUCCCUCCCCUUCCCGAUGGAAGCUACGAUUGCCACUCGUCAUUCCCAUAAUCACCAGAUAAGAUGCCUCGUGCCCCAUUUACCAUGCAAGAAUCCCUUCCCGAGUAUCUUUUUUCCACAAUCAAGAAGAGAGGGGCUCAUUGGUUCUCAUAUCAGAACAAGAAGGAAAUUUUUGGGUUCCAAAGGUUUGGCCAUAAGGGCCGGUUCUUCCCCUUAUACAAAGGGUCCAAGUAGAGGUGCGUCAGGCAGUAGUAGAACACACAGGACUUCGCAAACUGGCGCCAGCCCGCUGAAACCUCUCUCGAACGAGCUUGUCUCCACCGUCGCCGGCGCGGGAGCUCUGCUUGCUGCUACAUUUGUUGUUUGGAAGUUGGUGGAAAGGUUAGUUGUGCCUUCAAAAACAAAACAGCCUUCUACUAGUGAUGACAAGCCCUCAUCAUCUGGAGUGAGAUGGUCCUUUGCCCCUGGUACCAAUUUGCCUUCUGCCGUGAGUGCCAAAAUUGAACGACAAUCCAUGGAGAAGCUUAAUGAGUUCGUGAAGGAACUUCGCACAUUUGGAAGUAUUGAUAUGUCAGGCCGUAACUUUGGGGAUGAAGGUCUCUUCUUUCUUGCUGAAAGCUUGGGCUUCAACCAGACUGCAGAAGAGGUUGACUUUUCUGCAAAUGGCAUAACUGCUGAUGGACUAAAAGCCUUUGAUGGUGUUCUUCAAUCAAAUAAUGUACUGAAGACGCUCAAUCUUUCUGGAAAUGCUUUUGGAGAUGAAGGAGCAAAGUGCUUGGCUGAGAUAAUGAAGGAAAAUAAUGGUAUUCAGAAGUUGCAGCUGAACAGUACCAACCUUGGUGAUGAGGGUACAAGAGCUAUUGCUGAAAUGUUGAAGAAGAAUUCAUCAUUACGUGUGAUUGAACUUAACAACAACAUGAUUGAAUAUUCUGGAUUUACAGGCUUAGCUGAAGCCCUUCUUGAGAACAAUAGCAUCCGAUCCAUAUAUCUCAAUGGGAAUUAUGGCGGUGCUCUGGGAGCUGCUGCUCUAGCGAAAGGGAUUGAAGGGAACAAGUCAUUGAGGGAACUUCAUUUGCAUGGAAAUAAUAUUGGUAAUGAGGGUGUCAGGACUUUAAUGCUGGGCUUGGCUGUUCAUAAAGGAAAAAUUACAUCUAUAGACAUUGGAAGUAAUGAAAUUGGUCCAAAAGGAGCUUUUCAUGUUGCUGAGUAUAUCAAGAAAACCAGGAGUUUGCUAUGGCUGAACUUUUAUAUGAAUGACAUUGGUGACGAGGGUGCUGAAAGACUUGCAGAGGCUUUAAAGCAAAACCGCACAAUCACAACAAUAGAUUUGGGAGGAAACAACAUCCACAGCAAAGGUGCAAGUGACAUAGCACAAGUUUUGAAAGACAACUCAGUACUAACAACAUUGGAACUGAGUUACAACCCAAUUGGAGCAGAUGGGGUGAAGGCUUUGUGUGAUGUUCUCAAGUUCCAUGGCAAGGUAGAAACUCUCAGGGUUGGCUGGUGUAAGAUAGGAGCAAAAGGAGCAGAACAUAUAGCAGAUUUGCUGAAGUAUAACAUGACUAUUUCAACCCUAGAUCUACGGGCAAAUGGACUUGGAGACGAUGGUGCUGUAUGUUUGGCUCGAAGCUUGAAGGUGGUGAAUGAGGCUUUAACUUCUCUUGAUCUAGGUUUCAACGAGAUCAGAGAUACUGGUGCCUUUGCUCUAGCUCAAGCGCUGAAAUCUAAUGAAGAUUUGACUUUGACAUCUCUUAAUUUAGCUAGCAAUUUUCUCACAAAAUAUGGGCAGGUUGCCCUCACGGAAGCGAAAGACCACAUAUUCGAAAUGUACGAGGGGAAGGAAGUAAACAUCUUCUUCUGAGCAUAUUUCAAAAUUUUGAUGUAAAUUUUCUUGUAAUUGAAAUUUUGCAAAUCAGGGGAAAUGAUAUUCCCUCAUUUACAAUUUUGUAUGGAAAACCUUGGAAAUUACUGCUGAGCUACUGCAUUAAGUCCGUUCAGAGUCCUGAGAGGGAGCAAGAGGCUUAUAAAUCUAUGUUACAAUUAUUUACUUUUUCUUUUUUGCAGCUUAUUAAAAUGUUCCAAAUGCGAAGAGAUAUAUAAAUCGACUUCGCUAAGCCGUGUUGGACUGUAUGCCAGUGAUUAUGUAUGCCAGUGAUUAUCUUCUUUUUUAUUUUA